CGCGGGGCCGUCCGUCCCCCGGUCUCUGCGCCGGGAGGAGUCACACAAACCUGGCAACGUCGACGGGCGCUUUGUUAACGCUUCAUUGAGCCAAGAUGGCAGAUUUCGAAGAGCUCAGCGACGAAGAGAAGGUCCGAAUUGCAGCUAACUUUGUGAUGCACUCUCCCCCAGGAGAGUUCAACGAAGUAUUCAAUGAUGUGCGACUACUGCUCAACAAUGAUAGCCUUCUCAGAGAGGGCGCGGCUCAUGCCUUUGCCCAGUACAACAUGGAUCAGUUCACCAUGGCCAAAAUUGAUGGAUAUGAAGAUCAGGUCCUGAUAACGGAGCAUGGAGACCUGGGUAAUGGCCGCUUCUUUGACCCUCACAACAAGAUCUCCUUCAAGUUUGACCACCUGAGAAAGGAAGCCAGCGACCCCCAGCCACACAGCGGCGGAUCAACUCUCAAGUCUUGGAGGGACGCCUGCGAUUCUGCCCUGAGGACCUACGUGAAGGAGCACUACCAAAGUGGAGUUUGCACCGUCUACGGGAAAACGAUUGAUGGCCAGCAGACCAUCAUCGCUUGCAUCCAGGGCCAUCAAUUCGAGCCUAAAAACUUCUGGAACGGUUGCUGCAGGUCUGAAUGGAAGUUCAGCGUCACGCAAUCCACAGCACACGUGGUCGGAGUCUUGAAAAUACAGGUACAUUAUUACGAGGAUGGAAAUGUGCAACUGGUCAGCCAUAAGGAUGUGCAGGAACCCCUGACCGUGUCUAAUGAGAGCCAGACUGCAAAAGAGCUGGUGAAAAUUAUUGAGGAUGCAGAGAAUGAAUAUCAGCUGGCCAUCAGUGAGAACUAUCAGACCAUGUCGGACACCACGUUCAAAGCCUUACGCAGACAGCUGCCAGUCACCCGCACCAAGAUCGACUGGAACAAGAUCCUCAGCUACAAGAUUGGCAAAGAGAUGCAGAACGCUUAGAGGGAAGAGGCCGACUGCGCUGCGACAUGCGAACCUGGGAGAAGCCGAUGCUCGCGCGAACGUGUGAUGCAAUGUAACGUACUGUAUGUCCUGCUAAAACAGACAUUUGUUUGGGGGGUUUAACUGAGAGCGACAGCUUCCGUUGUGCACUACGAGGAAAUGCCUUCAUUAUACAACGACGUCGAGUGAUGCCACUGUCGCUCCUUUGCAAAGCUAUAACUUCAAAAGAAAAAAACAAAUAAGGCUUCAUUAACACUGAACGUUUGGUUAUUUUCCUACUGUUCAAAUUGUCAGUCACACGUUAAACACACAGUUUCUGAUCUCUUGAGUGCUUCCAAAUAGAUGGACACAUGCUGCCAAAACCCCUUGAAUUUAAUGUACCAACUAAUAUACCCUCUGUAUAACUGAUCAUCUUCAAGAGCUUCCAAUACCAAUAUAGUUUCUUAUUAACAGAAUGCAAAUACUGUAUGCAAUUUGAUAUAUUGACUGAGUGACACUUUAAGGCACCAAAUUAUAUACAUCAGAAGAUCUAAUUCUAAAACAUGCAUCCCUAUCGAUUCAGGGUUGUAGCCAAAGCAUGCAUUUGUUUUUUUCCCCAUAUAGUGACCAUCUUUUGUCUUCCCUUAUGGCAAUAUUUCACUUCUUUUUGUUGUCAUGGGACUUUUUGGGUGAUAAUCCCUGUUUACCCCCCUGAAAUGAUACAGUAUUGGUGUCCUGAAAGCCAUUUGCCUUUGGCUUUUGCUAUAUUUUUUUAUACAUACUGUAAGUAAAUUUAAUAUUCAUGAAAUAAAAAUCUUCAAGCAAUGGUGA